AUGAGGGGAAUGGAAGAUCAUGAUGUGGUUCCACCCGAGGAGAAUGGAUUGGCCGGUUCGCAAGACAACUCGAACGGGCACUUGCACGAGAAAAUGAAGAUGGAAGAAGAUAUUGCCCAACUUCAAAAAGAGAAAGACCUUCGAGAAGCCCGAAAGCUCAAACACAAAGAGGAUAUAAACAAAAAGAGAAGAAUACAAGAGUUAGGAGUAAAUGUAUUACUUGGUGAGGAAGCUAGUAAGGCUCAAGGGUGGAUUGUUGAUGGUGGUGAUGAAGAAGAAGAAGAUGAGUCGGAUAUUAAUAGUGUGGAGGGAGAGACUUUGGGAGUGGAUAAUGCCCCUACCCGGCCUAGGACUAGGAGUGUGGAAAUAAGAGAACUUCAUGAUGAAGAUUUUAUUUCGGAUGAGGACACAGAAGAUGAGGAAGGAGAUAUGAACAUUGAGUUUGAGUCUGAUACCGAAGAAGUUAGGGAAGGAUUUGGAGAGGAAGAACUUGAGAUUUAG